UCCGGGUACCCGGAGCGGAUUUCCCGCGUUCCCGGAAGUGGCCCGGCGGCGGCGUGCCGGGCCCGGGCAGUGCGGGCUCCUCCUCGGGGCUCUGCUGCGGUGCCCGGGCCUGGGCGUCACCAUGACCAGCGAGCUAGACAUCUUCGUGGGGAACACAACCCUUAUCGACGAGGACGUGUAUCGUCUCUGGUUGGAUGGCUACUCAGUGAGCGAUGCGGUGGCCUUGCGAGUGCGCUCAGGGAUCCUGGAGCAGACAGGUGCCACAGCGGCGGUGCUGCAGAGUGACACCAUGGACCACUACCGCACCUUCCACAUGCUGGAGCGCCUGUUGCACGCGCCGCCCAAGCUGUUGCACCAGCUCAUCUUUCAGAUCCCGCCCUCCCGGCAGGCGCUGCUAAUCGAGAGGUACUAUACCUUUGAUGAGGCCUUUGUGCGAGAAGUGCUGGGCAAGAAACUGUCCAAAGGCACCAAGAAAGACCUGGACGACAUCAGCACCAAAACAGGCAUCACCCUGAAGAGCUGUCGGAGACAGUUUGACAACUUUAAGCGAGUCUUCAAAGUGGUGGAGGAGAUGCGGGGCUCCCUGGCUGACAACAUCCAGCAACACUUCCUCCUCUCUGACAGGCUCGCCAGAGACUACGCAGCCAUCGUCUUCUUUGCCAACAACCGCUUUGAGACCGGGAAGAAGAAACUGCAGUAUCUGAGCUUUGGAGACUUUGCCUUCUGUGCCGAACUCAUGAUCCAGAAUUGGACCCUCGGAGCCGUUGACUCCCAAGUUGAUGACAUGGACAUGGACUUGGACAAAGAGUUUCUCCAGGAUUUGAAGGAACUCAAAGUGCUAGUGGCCGACAAGGACCUUCUGGACCUGCAUAAGAGCCUGGUGUGCACCGCCCUCCGGGGAAAGCUUGGUGUCUUCUCUGAAAUGGAAGCCAACUUCAAGAACCUGUCCCGGGGGCUGGUGAACGUGGCCGCCAAGCUGACCCACAAUAAGGAUGUCCGAGACCUGUUUGUGGACCUGGUGGAGAAGUUUGUAGAACCCUGCCGCUCUGACCACUGGCCGCUGAGUGACGUGCGGCUCUUCCUGAAUCAGUAUUCGGCAUCUGUCCACUCCCUGGAUGGCUUCCGGUACCAGGCCCUCUGGGAUCGCUACAUGGGCACCCUCCGGGGCUGCCUCCUGCGUCUGUACCAUGAGUGAAGCCCCUCUCUACGGCCCUGCCCACACUGAUAAUAAAGCUGCCAUGAGUUUG